AUGGGACCACCCUGGAUCCCCUCCAGUGCCGAAAAUGUGAGCGGGAGGAAGAUUAAGGGGGUUGGCAGCAGGAAAGCCGCUUCAGACAGUGGUAAUGCCUUCGUAGUGAGCCUGGCUUUUGCAGACCUAGUGGUGGCCUUGUAUCCUUAUCCUUUAGUUCUGGUGGCUAUUUUCAAAAAUGGAUGGGCAAUGGGGGAAAUGCACUGCAAAGUGAGUGGUUUCAUGAUGGGCCUGAGCGUGAUUGGUUCUAUAUUCAACAUCACCGGGAUCGCUAUAAACCGUUAUUGCUACAUCUGCCAUAGCUUUGUCUAUGAAAAGCUGUUCAGCCUGUGGAAUACAAUACUUUAUGUCUGUUUAAUUUGGACCCUCACCGUAGUUGCAACUGUCCCAAACUUUUUUGUCGGCUCAUUAGAGUACGAUCCCCGGAUCUACUCAUGUACUUUUGUUCAAACUGUAAGCUCGUCCUACACGAUUACUGUAGUCGUCAUUCAUUUCAUUUUACCAAUCACUGUGGUGACUUUUUGUUACCUCCGGAUAUGGAUUUUGGUGAUUCAGGUGAGGAGGAAAGUCAAGUCUGAAUUCAAGCCAAGGAUGAAACAAAGCGAUUUCCGUAAUUUUCUUACCAUGUUCGUAGUAUUUGUUAUUUUUGCCUUUUGUUGGGCUCCUCUAAACUUCAUCGGCUUAGCAGUGUCCAUCAACCCUACAGAAGUAGCACCCAAAAUUCCAGAAUGGCUCUUCGUUGUUAGCUAUUUCAUGGCCUAUUUUAACAGUUGCCUUAAUGCCAUCAUAUAUGGACUACUUAAUCAGAAUUUUAGAAAAGAGUAUAAACGGAUCCUGAUGUCAUUGUGGACGCCGCGGCUUUUCUUUCAAGACAUCUCGAAAGGUGGAACUGAAUGUCCAAAGAGCAAGCCUUCUCCUGCUUUAAACAACAAUGACCAAGUGAAAACUGACACAGUUUGAAGGUUAAGUAAUAAAACAAAUCAUGUUGUAAGACUGAAUCAUCAACAUGAGAACUUGGACACAGAUGGAACCUCGGACACAGAUGGAGCAGGGUUUAACAAUGCAUCUGGAAUACGCAAUGUACACAACGUGCCAUUAAUUGCAGUGGGAACAACAUAUGCCAGAUGCUUCAAUUAACCCCGCUUUAUCUAUU